UAAUAAUAAUAAUAGCUUGGUGUCACAGCAAAUUGGUGUUCCUGUUGGUUUCAGAUUUGGAUGACUUUGCACUUGUCUAAAUUGUUGCCUAGCAACAUUUUGAAAUAGGUUUAGUUUUGUAUUAAACCACUUCUAAAUUGUAGAAGAUUAAAAACUGAUGUUUCGUUAUGAAUGCCAACACAGGUAUAGGAACAGUUUAAAAUCGCCUCCAAUGAAAUUAUUCAGCUCAGAUCGGAUCAGUCCAAAUAUGUCAGAUAUUUGUUUUUUUUAUGUUUUUUGCUACUGAAAAGUAUUUUUUUUAGUAUGUAAAGCACGUUGAAUUGUCUUGUUGCGAAAACAUGCAAUACAAAUAAACUGUCCUUGCCAGUAAACUAUAAAUGAACAAUAAAGGUCCGGGCUGACUAAAACAUUGUGUAAUAGCCCUUUAGUUUAGCGCCGAUUGGAAGCUAACCGUUAACUAUUCUCCCGGUGUUUACGAGUCUUUCAUAAGCUGUCUGCCACUCUGUCUGUUUCUGUUUUCCACUGGGUUCCCCAAAAUACCGUCAAAUACUUCGACAAUAACAGAAGUUUCUUUGAUGCAUUUCUAAUCGAGAGUCGUCGGUCAACCCGUCUCAGCAACUUCCCUUUACUCCUUUCAAAAUAACAGUGUUAAACAAAGCUGGUUAUCAAGCUUUAAGUCACGCUGGCAGCCACUGUGUAACUUUGUCAAGAAAUAUCGCUGCGUUAUAAUACCGCGAGAUCCUGUUCUACGAGAUAAUAUCAUGGAACGUCACUUGAGAAAUACAUGUGAUUCGAAAAUCUGAUGACAUCUUGGAACGUGAUGUCACAACAUGCCUUUGUGACGUAUCAAAGGACUAUACAUGGUAAAUAACCAGAUAAGCUUGUUUUUCACUUGUCUUGGUCUUGGAUCCAGCAGGAAGAUUGUCAUUGAAAGCUCAAGUCAACCUUAGUUUGAAGAAUUUGUCUGAGAAAUUUAAGAACUUCACAAAGAUUAACUUAAGGCUUUUACAUUAUAAUUUGCACAGCACUGUAAUCUAAAGUCUCGACAUGGCUGCACAAAGAAAGAGGACAAAACUGCAUCUGAACCAGAGUGGAGCAAUUUCUGCUGAUGUUCUUCAGACUGAUCUGCCAACGUUCAAUGGAGAAAAACUAUCUACCUUCCAAAACAACCAGGUUAGUAGAAAAACCACGGAGGGUCAAAGUGUCACACAGACCUCUGAAACCGACACUCAAGCCUGUCAAACCAGGGGACGAACAGAGAAGGUUGGGAAUGAUACUGAACCAUCUGUACGACCACGCAAGUGUUCCAGAAAGAGGAAAUGGAUCGAAACUGAUCCCUCUGCUGACAAUUUUCAGAAACAUUCAAAUGACAAGAUCUCAUCAACAUUCACUGUAUCUUAUUUACCACGCAAUAUAGACCUUUCUGAAUUUGACCUUAUACAGCCUGAUGGAGAAAAACCCUCAACCUCACAAAACUAUCAGGCUCACAGGAAAGUCACAAGGCAAAGGAAAAAUGUUGCAAUGACCUCUCUGGGUGAACACUUAGGGUUCAAUCAGGAAUCUGAGACUCAAACCCAGGCCAAUGGAUAUUCUAGGCAAACGCAGCAGACUGGAAAGCGAUUUGAAAGCGAUUCAGAACCAACUGUACGUCCACACAAACAAUACAAGACGAAGAAGUACAAUUGCCAGUCCUCUGGUGGUUAUUUUCAGAACAAUUCCAAUAAAAGAAGAGAUAACUUUUACAAGCAUUCGACCACUGACCAACAUAAUACCCAUGUCAGUCCUCAGUAUAGCUAUAAUGGGGACGAGUGGGAUAAUUCUGAGUACUAUCCACAUGAGAACUUUAAUCCAGUCAGUAUCACCCAAAACCAAGAACUACCACAAGAAUUUCAGGAUGACAUGAAUCCUCUUCUAAAUGAAAAUCGCAUGCUUUGGUCAAUCCUGGAGGAAAAUAACAUUCUUCUUAAGCAAGAGAAGAAAAAGAGAAUUGCGGCAGAGAAAGCUUAUGAUACUUGCAACGAAGAACUGAAACUGCACUAUGAAGAAGCUAAACGAUUCCUGGAAUUUAUUGACCAACAACAAAAUGCUGAAGAAGCAACUCAGGAAGAGCUGGAGAAUCUUAACACAGAAAAUAAGGAACUGCUUAGAAGACUUGCCUUUUUUGAAAACCAACAAGGGGCUAAAGCAGAAAUUCAGCUGGAGUUGGAAAAUCUUAAAAAAGAAAACAAGCAACUGCUUGGAAGACUUGCCUUUUUUGAAAACCAACAAGAGGGUAAAGCAAAAAUUCAUCUGGAGGUAAAAAAUCUUAAAAAAGAAAACAAGGAACUGCUUGGAAAACUGGGAGAAGAACAACUCAAGACAGCAAAACUGAAAAAGCAUGUGGAUUCUGCCUUGUCAUCCACUAACCACCUAUUAGCUGUAGCCCAAUCAGAACAACAGAAACGCAUUGAGGCUGAGAAAAAAUGCAAUAAUUUGUUUGAGCAGCUCAAACAUUAUCAAGACCAGCAGGUUUGUGAGGAAAGUGAGCAGAUACAUACAUCUCUAUUGGUUUGUGAUCCUGAGAUCUUUGAAAAUGCCUUUAAAAUCAACAAAGAAGAAUCAGAUUCUCAGUAUGAAAAGGUCCCAGAAGCCCCAGUUUGUGAUUCUGAGAGCGACACAGAACAAUCCGAUUCUGAGUCUGAAUGGGUCCCAGAAGCCCCAAUUUGUGAUUCUGAGAGCGACACAGAACAAUCCGAUUCUGAGUCUGAAACGGUCCCAGAAGCCUCAAUUUGUGAUUCUGACAGCGACACCGAACAACCCGAUUCUGAAUCUGAAACGGUCCCAAAGUCCCCAGUUUGUGAUUCUGAGAGAAAAAGAGAACAAUCCAAAUCUGAGUCUGAAACGGUCCCAGAAGCCCCAAUUUGUGAUUCUGAGAGCGACACCGAACAAUCCGAUUCUGAGUCUGAAACGGUCCCAGAAGCCCCGAUUUGUGAUUCUGAGAGCGACACCGAACAACCCGAUUCUGAAUCUGAAACGGUCCCAAAGUCCCCAGUUUGUGAUUCUGAGAGAAAAAUAGAACAAUCCCAUUCUGAGUCUGAAACGGUCUCAGUGGCCCCAGUUUGUGAUUCUGAGAUCAUCACUGAAGAUCCUGUUUCCAGGUCACAGAUUGUCGAAGCCUCCAAAAAUCAUCAAGGUGAAGUCAAUAUAAAAAUCUCAGAAGCAGCUUGUAAAUGCAGUAGGGAUGACCAGCAGGAGGGAGCAGGAAGGAAGGUGGAAGCCAUUGUCAGGUCAGACAGAUCGUCACCUCAGAAGGACAAAAGCAUUUAAAGUUUUGUUAUCACACUACACCUUUCAAUAAAAUGUUGUGUCCUUUGUUGGAUAAUCAUGAUUUUCUGGUAAUUAGCAACUAAUAUUAAUUAUAAUUAAUCAUUAGCACUUAUUAACAAAAUUACCAAUAACGUUGAAAUAUAGAAUUUUAGUCAAAUGUAGAAAUCAGUGCACCGCCUGAUCAGGAAUCACUAGCCAAAAACAUUCGGUCUGUCAAGUAUUGUCCUAUGAUGACUAGCCCAACAUGCCGUAAUAUUAUGGAUCAAUAGAUGAAAAGGGUAAUCCAAGCACUGGCGUUCGCUAACAGCAAGCUCUAUACAUAUAUGGAAUUAACACAGACAACUUAUCUCCAAAAUAUAAGAAAUUAUUAACAAAACAAUUCAACUCCAAGUUAAAAUAUUUCAACUCUUUAACUCGGUUAGAAACAAUUGAGCUAAAACUAGUAAGCAAAAUGAAGGAAUGAGGGAAAUUAAUAAAGUAUUUACAAAUGAAGGAAAAAGGGAAACAAUUAAAAUGAUGCAAUAAUAUAAUAGUUGAGUAUAUUAAUGUUUAAGAACCAAGGUUUAUUUUGAGGUAUUUGGAACUAAGAUCAAAUUAGUUUUAAAACUAAGGGCAACUAAGGGCAAGUGUUCAAACAAUCAGUCACAAUGCAAAAUCAGAAGGGAAGUAAAACAUUAAUUUAAUAAAAUUAUAUUUUAAAGAAUUAUUUUCCAAAUUAGAAAUCAAUAAUGUUUUGGACAAUUGUUAUUGUUGUUGUAAAGAUGGACAAGAACCAGGUAUAACUAUUUGGCUUUCCCUUAGCAAAAAGUAAUAUACUUGAAGAUCAUUUAUUAAUUAUACUUGACCUCUACUACAGAUCAUAUACUUGUAGUGUACUAGAAAGUAUAUAAAUAAUUUAUACUUCUUCACACUAAAUUGGGACAUUUUUAAGUUUCAAAAGGUUUUCAAAAGUAUAAUUUAAGUAUAAUGUUAUAAGGUCAUUUUAAGUUUACCAAAUUAUAAAUUCAAGAAUGCAGCAAGUACACUCAUCUAUAUACUAUAUACUACUAUAUACUUGUAAAUUUGCGUAGCAUAUUACUUGUGGAAUACAAUUUUUAUACUGAAAUAUACUUCUUAAAGUAUUUUUAUUGUAACCUAUACAGUAUGACUCUACACUGCAAUGUGUUUACAGAAUUAAAAGACUGAAUCAUGAAAACAACUUUGAUCUAUUUAAAUAAUAUUUUAAAACAUAUUGUACAGUGUUUUUACAAAUACCUGCUUAAAUUAUUAAAGAUGUGCAGUUCAAAAACAGAAGGCCUCUGUGAAAUAAAGCCC